CUGAUUGAGGAACUUAGAAGUACAAAAAUUGGUUGUCACAUGGGUACAAUUUGUCUGAAUAAUCUCAGCUACACUGACGACAUAGUGCUACUGAGUCCCUCAAUCAGGGGACUUAGAAAGUUAUUAGCCAUAUGCGAGCAUUAUGCGGGGGAUCAUGGCCUGAAGUAUAAUGUUAAUAAAACGCAAAUGAUGGUGUUUCACUCGGGCACAGGCCCGGAGAGGAUUCCGUUAGCAUUUCUGGACGGUGAAGCUGUUGCAAGAGUUAGUCUAUUCAGAUACCUGGGGCAUAUCCUGACUGAGGAUUUGCGUGAUAACCACGAUAUAGAACGUGAAAGGAGGGCUCUGGCUGUGCGGUGUAAUAUGCUCGCACGCCGGUUCGCGCGGUGCAGUCCCAAGGCAAGGCUGACCCUGUUUAGAGCAUAUUGUCAAUGCUUCUAUACUUGUCAGCUUUGGUUGGACAGUACAAAAAAUGAACGUAGCAGCAUUAGAGUGCAGUAUAAUAAUGCAUUCCGCAUUCUUAUGAAACUGCCUAAAUACUGCAGUGCGUCGAGCAUAUUUGCCAACGCCAGGGUGCCCGAUUACUUCGCCGUUAUUAGAUCUCGGGUUGCAGCUUUUUGGUCCCGCAUCCGUGAUUCCAAGAAUGAGAUACUCAGGGUGUGCUAUCAGUGCCCAGAGAAUCCCAUACUACAAUAUUGGCGUGCCGUGCAUCGCGACAAUAACUGUAAAUAG